CUUUGUGCACGGACGUUGUCCUGAAGUGCGCUAGCGCUGGCAUAAAACGCAUCUUCUCUCGCUCUUGCUUUCGAGUUAUACAUCUCACACUUCAACAGCCUACCCACAUAUACUCGGAACUUCACUCUAGGACCGUUCGCUUCGCCAGGACCAUACCGACAUCGAAAACAUCUACAAAACAUUCGUUCCCUUUCAUCAUCACCAACAGAGUCAUCAUGUCUGCACCACGCGGAGGAGGACGUGGACGAGGCCGUGGCCGUGGUCGAGGUCGCGGAGACUACUACACACCAAACGAUCAUCAAAAUCAGAACCAGCCCCAACAACAAGCGGAACCUGAUCGCGCAGCAUCAACAAACAACACUGUCGAUCUCCUCAAAGGCUUCCUAGCACGGCGCUACGAUGCUUCCACCAAACUGCUCAAUUUCUCGACUAUUGCCACUGAUGAAGAAGUUGCUAAGAGUGGGAUGUUCCGGCACGAAUCAACGCAAAAGAAAUUCUUCCCAGCGCUCAUGGUCAUCUGCGAUGACAUGCUCGAAACCCGAGAAGCCAAGGAGGCAGCCAUCGAAAGCGUCACACUAUGCGGCAACAACAUAACAAACCUCAACGUAGUAUUCGAUCUCUGCAAGACCCUGAGUCAUAUCAAAAACCUCGACCUAAGCGGCAACGCCUUCCAUUCAGUCAACGCGCUAAAGCCCUGGAAAGGCCGGUUCAGGAAGCUGGAACACCUGAUCAUCGACCCCUUCAGCAGCAUCGGCUGGGAAGAGGAGCUUACAGCCUGGUUCCCCAAACUGAAGAUCUUGAACGGAACUCAGGUCCGCGCUGAUAAGCCUGCAGCGGGCGACGCGAACAUGAUCACGGACGCACCAAUGGCCGUAACACCACAACCAAUGACUAACGCGCCAACACCGACACCAACAUUACCAACACUAGCUUUCGACCAACAGAAGGAGGAGAUGAUCGUGUACGUUCAGCAAGCGACGAAUCUCAAGCGGGAUUACGCGAUUCAGUGUUUGGAGGCUGGAGGAUGGGAUCUGAAUCGUGCAGGGGAGCUGUUCACGCAAAGCCAGCCCUGUCUGCCACCAGAUGCAUAUAACUAGGUGUUCAACGUAUUGGAGGCGAUGGAAGUUUGUUGAAAAGCAUGGAAUAGCAAGGUUGUCAAUUACCGGAGUUUUCUUUCUUUUGUUCUGCAUAAAUUGUUGCAUAGCGGUUUGGAGUCGACAGGGUGGCUCAUCUGGAUUCAACGGGCGUGCAUGGAAGGGAUCGUAUGUAUCGAACACAAACGGAUAUUUGUGUUGUCGAGAUUGGCAUUGUAGCCGACACAAUAGA